UUCAAAAAAAUUCAUUUUAUAGCAAAGAGUUAAAGGAGAGAAAGAGAGAGAAAAAAACACACAAAAUAGUUCAUAGAUAUCAUGGGAUGAAUAUUCUCUUUAAUUCCUCUUACUCAAGUCUCACUCACUUAAUUAUUUUAAGUUCUUGAUAAGCUCAAGGAUUAAGAACACCAAAAAAGUAGAUCAAGAUCAAGAGGAAAUUAAUUCUAUAUCAAACAAAACAAAAGAUGGCUGGAGGUUCAUCAACAUCAUCUAUGUUUUUUGGAAUGAGAGAAGAAGAAUUAAGUCAAAAUCAACAAGAAAAUCUCCUUCAAGCUCAAGCACCAUCAAAGAAGAGAAGAAAUCAACCAGGCACACCAAGCAAGUCCAGACGCAAAAGUGAUAGCGUUAUCACCAAAGACUCUAAUGGCAACAAAUAGAUUCUUAUGUGAGGUAUGCAACAAAGGUUUUCAAAGAGAACAAAACUUACAACUCCAUAGAAGAGGACACAAUUUGCCAUGGAAAUUAAAGCAAAAAAAUACAAAAGAAGUUGCAAAAAGAAAGGUGUAUCUUUGUCCAGAACCAACAUGUGUUCAUCAUGAACCAAGUAGAGCACUUGGUGAUCUUACUGGGAUUAAAAAACAUUAUUUUAGAAAACAUGGUGAGAAAAAAUUCAAAUGUGAAAAAUGUUCAAAGAAAUAUGCUGUUAAGUCUGAUUGGAAAGCACAUACCAAAACUUGUGGCACUAGGGAGUAUAGAUGUGAUUGUGGCACUCUUUUCUCCAGGCGCGACAGCUUCAUCACACAUAGAGCCUUUUGUGAUGCCUUGGUUCAAGAAAAUGCAAGAAAUAUCCUUUCACCAAACUCCUUGAUGAACACCCUUGGCAUGAACAACAACCAAUAUUUAUAUGGAAGUAGUAGCAACAUAAACUUAGGCACCUUCUCCAAAUUGGGCAAUAACAACAACAACAUCACAAAGACUACUACUACUACUACUACUACUACUAGUGGUGUUCAAUUUGAUCAUCAUCAUGACAACAACCUCAUUGGAUCAAGUACUACUACUACUACUAACAAUCCUUUUUUCCUUCAAGAAACAAAUCAAGAUUACAAUCCUAACAACAAUAUCAAACCAUUAAUGGUCCAUGGCCUAAUGCAACUUCCUAAUCUUGAUCAAAACAAUGAUAACAACAAUAGUAGUAGUACUAUGUUUAACCUCAACUUUUUUCAAAACAAUUUGUCUACCAAUAGUGGAAUUUUGGGUGAUCAUCAUCAUGAUAACAAUAAUAUAAGUUGUUCAAUUCCAUCACUUUAUGGGGUACAAGUACUUGAGAGUAGUAAUACAACUUGUUCAUCUGGACCAAUAAUGUCAGCCACAGCAUUACUACAAAAGGCAGCACAAAUGGGAUCUUCUAGUACAAGUAAUAUUAGUGCAACUGCCUCAUUGUUCAAAGCCUUUGGAAGUACUAGUGGUUCAUCAUCUAGUGGCACAAAAUCUGAUCAUCAAGCUUUCAACUUUGGUAGUGACAUUACAGUAGAUGGUGGUAUCAUCAAUGCUUAUGGAGGUGGAUCACAUGAAGGCAUGUACAAUACAUCAACAAAGUUGAACUUUGAGCAACAUCAAGGUCCACCUCAAAAGAAACAAUUAACUAGAGACUUUCUUGGAGUUGGGGAAAUAGUAAGAAGUAUGAAUGGGAGAUUUAGUACCCAAAGAGAACAACAACAACAACAGAAUAAUGGAUUGAACAAUAUGAUGAGCUCAUUAUUGGAUCCAGAGAGAAACCAAACCCAACAGAGUUUUGGAAGUGCUACCAAUUUUCAAUGACUAGCUUGUUCAAGAAAAAAAAAUGUGAAAGUUAAAUGAAGAAAAGGAGAGCACAAAAAAAAACAGGGUAUGUAUCUAUGUUUGGAAGGAGGACAACUUCUAAGGAUGAAAAAACUUUGUUUGUUGUUUAAUUUUCCUUUAAAUUAUUAAGACUUUUUUUUUACCCCUUUUUGUAGUUAUAAGUUCUAUAGUCUUGACUCUAUUUCUUUAGUCCUUUCUUUUUAGUUUUUUUAUUUGAAGUACUGUUCAGAAAAAUAGGUCAAGACACAAACAAUAUAUAGUUUGAUGAAAAAACUCUUAGAUCUAAAUGUAAAUAUAUAAUAUGUUUGAAUUUUCUUAA